UAUCGCAUGUAAUUAAUUACAAUGGGACACUUCUUCUUCAAGCUCGACAAGCACGCUCUCUUAUUGAUCUUCUAUCUUGUUCUCUUUUUUCUUGAUCUUCCUCUUCCGGUCAACUCACAGCACCAAAGAAAUUCUUCACAUGCAGCUGAUUCAGCAACAAUAAUAAAAGCAAGUGCAAUAGUAUCAGUGGAUAGGAGGGGUGGCGGUGGCGGUCACGGAGGUGGCGGUCAUGGAGUUGGCGGUCAUUCCGGCAGUGAUGGGCACGGGAGUAGCAAGGGAAUGAAUGGUGAUCAUAGUAAUUUGCCCAUUCCUUUAUAUGGCGCAGCUGCAGGUAGUGCUGGUUACCGCAACAACGACCAUCAUCAUGGUACAAGUAAUGGUAUUUUGAAUUCUGUUUAUUUUUACCAUUAUUUUCUUUUGUUUAUUCCAAUUGUUACAUUGUUCGAAAUCUCAAAAUUGCAUAUAAAUUCUAAUUAAUUAAGUAUGGCACACAUCAUCAUUGAA